UGUGACUCUGCUGAUGGAGGUCAGUGACAAUCCCGGCGGAGAAGAUUGUGGAGCCAUCAGUUUCCAGUGGGUCAUGUGAUUGACCAAGCUCCGCCCAUAUCGUCUCACCUCCACUGUCUAACUCGUCCCUGUCUUACAAUCACGGAGUUCGAUGGCAAAGCUUAACCAGAACGACGCACCUCCUCCUUACUACUCCGUCACUGUGCACACCCAGCCCCCCCUCAGGUCCUAUGAAGAGGUGGUGUACGGCGUGGGGCCUGGCCAGACCGCCGCCAACCAGCAUUACAUCCCCCAGUAUGCGCCACCUGUGGCAGCUCCCCAAAUAACACAGUCAGACACACACACCGGAAGAAAGAGGAAGGGCUGCUGUGACCGUAAGGCCCAGUGUUACGGAGGCGGAUGUGGGGCUUUUCUGUUGUGUGCUUUACUGUCUGUAGCCAUCUGGCUGGCAGUGCGCUUUGGUACCACCUUGGUGACCCAGGCGAUAAACAACAACAACAACAGCAACAACCAGCAAACAAGUGGUGACACAGGUGGCGGACUGCCUUUGAGAAACGACACCUGCCCUGUGAACGCUACCAUCGAGUGCGAUGGCGUCAGGGACUGCGAGCUUGGCUCUGACGAAAUGGACUGCGUGAGGUUUGUAAGUGGUAACCGUCUGGAGGUCAGGACCGCUGAAGAUGGACGCUUUCUUCCUGUCUGCUUCAGCGGCUGGAACCAGAGCAAUGCUGACCAGACCUGUGCCCAGCUUGGCUUUAGAAGCUCCUUUAUUAGCAAAGAUAUUUCAUCUCUGGCCUCCCUUGGUCUGACAGUGACCACCAGAUUGUCUGAAACCAUCCAGGGUCAAGUGGAACUCAGUUCCUCCUGUCAAGACCAAAACAUUGUCUCCCUGCAGUGUGUCGACUGUGGCAGACAGCAGUCCACAUCUCGCAUCGUAGGAGGCAGCAUUGCACUGAGGGGUCAGUGGCCCUGGCAGUUAUCCCUGCACUUUAGGGGCUCCCACGUGUGCGGAGGGGUCCUGAUUGCUCCCGAUUACUUGCUGACUGCCGCCCACUGCUUCCCAAGGAGUAACCCCUUAAUGCUAUUGCCUCAGUUUUGGCAAGCGUACGGAGGCGCCGUGUCUCUGAACAAUCUAUCUCAGCCCUUCCUGGUGGAGAAGAUCAUACUGCAUGAAAACUACAACAACAGGACCAAUGAUCAAGAUGUCGCUCUGCUCAAGCUGACUGAACCGGUUGACUUUAACGCCGAUGUUCAUCCAGCAUGUCUGCCAGUUACUGCACAGCCAUUCCCCGAUGGAACCACUUGUUGGACCUCAGGCUUUGGAACCACUGAGGCAGGAUCAGGCGGUAUCUCCACUGAUCUGAUGGAGGUGACAGUGGACAUCAUCGGUAGAGGCGUGUGCAACAGCCCUCGGGUGUAUGGAGGAGCUGUGACUGAAAACAUGAUCUGUGCCGGACACCUGGAGGGAGGACGAGAUUCCUGUCAGGGCGACAGUGGUGGGCCGUUGGUCUGUCAGAUUGAUGAUGUGUGGUACCUGGUGGGCAUCACCAGCUGGGGGGCUGGCUGUGCUGAGGUAAACAAGCCAGGUGUUUACACCAGAGUGAACAGUGUUCUUCCUUGGAUUUACACCAACAUGCAGUUUGAACGGCCUUAAUGUCACUUCUUGCUGCCGGCUGGCUGUCUCGUUUUCCCUCGUCUCCAUUGAACCGUGCACUAUGAAGCUGUCUUCAAACAAAGAUGGAUGGACCAAUGAGGGGACGCUCCAGACAAGAAGAGACAGCGGGAUUAAAUGUUGCUAAUGUUGGAGGUGGCGGGGAGGAGGCACACAUCAUGUUUACAGCUGCGUGUUGACUCAUGACUACAAUUUCCCUAAUCAAGUUCAUUUGAGAUGCCAAAAUGCUACAGUGGAAGCUAAAUAGUCCAAUUAUCAUGUUUUUCUUUUUAGUUGGCCUUUUUUGAAACAGCUGGCGUCUGUUACACGUGAAGAAUCACUCAAAAACUAGAAAAAACCUGUUGCAAGAUGGAUGCGAAUUAAGGUCUGGCAACCAGCAGAAACCCCAACCAAACUCAAAUAGACCUCUAAACGCCCAUCACAUACUGGUAUACACCUAGCACUCCUCUCAAGCUCACGUCAAGGUGCCACAAGGGGAGUACAAAUUACAAAAUAAAAGCACCAAAACAGGACUUGAAGCCGGAAUGGAAGGAAACCCAAAAGUCCAACCCGUCAUGUGGAUCGUGACGGCAAGACUCAGUACAUGUUACCGCGGUCUUUUACAGAGGUUAACUUCUUUUUACACUUAAUAAUUGUUUAAAAAAAUAAUUAAUUCAUUCAUUAUCUAUCACUUAUCCUCACAAGGGUCGCGGGGGGUGCUGGAGCCUAUCCCAGCUGUCUUCGGGCAAGUGGUGGGGUACACCCUGGACUGGUGGCCAGCCAAUCACAGGGCACAUAUAGACAAACAACCAUUCACACUCACAUUCAUACCUAUGGACAAUUUGGAGUCGCCAAUUAACCUAGCAUGUUUUUGGAAUGUGGGAGGAAACCUCGGCCGCCGUGCAGCCUUGUUUUUAAAAAUGCGAAUUUCACUUGCAAAGGAAGUACUCUCAUAAUAAACCUUGACUGUCAGUCAGGUUAGGAUUUUUAAGUCUUAUUGGGCUGAACUUCUUUUUACGCUUACACACAAUGUUAAAAAAGGCGAUUCUAGUGAGUAAAGUCACCUUUACCAUGCACCUGUCUUAUUAUAUUUUCAUUUUUUUUCAGUCUUUUAUUCCUUCUACAUUUGACAGGCGUUUGCUUCUUUUUACACUUAUGUGGCGAUCAAAACCAUUUUUGGGGGUGAACAAUGAUAUUAUGGUUUUAAUAAUGUUGAUUAGAGUUCAUUUUAUUUUUCUAGUGCCUCUCAACACGCCCAGAUAUAUCAACAUAUUUAUAUAUUUCGCUUAUUAAAUGUAUGAAAAUAUUACCUGUUCAUAUCCUGCUUGUAUGGUGGUCACAGCUUGACCCAUUAUAGAUGUUCCACUGUAAUAAACAAAUGCUUGCAGAGAUGGGGGCAACAUGUCAGAAAUGGCACUUUACCGUGUGUGUGUCGAACAUUACUGAUUACAUUAUGCAUACUGUGAUUUUUUUUAAUUAUAUACUGUCUCAAAUGUAUUUCAUAUUUAUGACCACGUGUUCAAUGUGACUCACCUGCAUUGUCCAUAUAAAUAAAUGCUUUAA